AUGUCAGGAAGAGGAAAGGGAGGUAAGGGUUUAGGAAAGGGUGGAGCAAAGAGGCACAGAAAGGUAUUAUCAGGUAUUCGUGAUGCUGUCACUUACACUAAGCACGGUUGCCGUAAAACUGUAACUGCCAUGGAUGUUGUCUAUACUCUUACGAGGCAAGGUCGUACUCUUUACGGUUUUGGUGGUUAGGUUUCGUUUUCUAGGGUUUAUUUUCACUUGAUUAGGGAAAUUAAAGGAGGUUUGAAUCUUUGUAUUGUAAUUGGUAAAUCAGUUGUAAUAUGAAAUUGUUUGAUGAA